UCCGCGGCAGCAUUCAAGUACAUGUUGGCUUAAAUGAUUGGGGAAUGUCUGUAUUAAAUUCAAAUAGCCAUAGACAAAUAGCAGCUAUCGAACUAAACAAAUUGGAAAUUAAAUUUACUCCAAACACAAAUUUUUUGGAAGUUCAAGGGGAAGGAGGGUGUAAAUCUGCUGAUUUUGUUGCUACAAUUACUACACCUCAAGUGAAUAAUUAUUUUACUAAUUUUAUUUUUUGGAGAAUCUUUAAAAAACCCCGUUAUUGA